UUCCGUGUGCGCCGUCAUAUAGUCGUAAUCAUAAUUUACCACGCAGUUAUAUACGUGCUGAGUCUAAUUAUCUCGUUGCUAAACUCGAGGGCAAGACUAGAUAUUAUGUAUUUGAAAGUGUGUUACCUGUUUUUGCUGCUUCUAGCGGUUGUGAGUGAGGCUAGACGAGGAGGCGGCGGCCGCUCUGGUGGGUCUCGAGGUGGUAGCAGAUCUAGAUCUAGUAGUCGUUCUGGAUCUUCUGGCGGCGGUCCAAGAAUAACAAGAACGACUCCAAUCGCACCAAAAACCCGCUCAACACCGGUCAUACGAAGUCAAACGAGUCUCAAAACCCGUAGUGGCGUCUCACCGACUCGAUUACUUGGAGGUUAUUUGUUGUUACGAUACUCUUUGAGUCGUGGGCCUAUCUACCGCAGUGCGUAUCCUAUGAAUCACAGUAAUGUCGAUAUGAUUAUACCGGAGGAUCGAGCAUUUAGGGUCAACUACACCGAAGAAUUCUUACUCGAUGUAAACGGGAGCUCAUGUCUUAGAACGAAUAAGACUGUGGAAUUGACGAAGGGCAAAGAUCCUAGCGUAGUUACACGAUUGUACUACCAGGGAAACUCAAGCGUGGAAGAGGUCUUCGGUGAUGACAUGAAUAUUACUUUGAGCGAAGAGUUAGAUAAGUCUGUUAAACUUGUGCAAGUUGUGAAGUAUAAUACAAACAUUGUAGCUAACACUAACUGUUCGCAGAUCAAAACAGUUCUGAAUGGCACGGUGGUACUGAUGUACUUGUACAACCCAGACACUGCUUCGAGUUUGCAUAUAAAUCUGGUUUUAUUCUUGGUGGCGAUGUUGUUAAAUAUAUCCGUGUAGUCCUCCAGCCCUUGGCUACACUUGACGCUCACUAAUGUUUGAAUCUCCUUAAAAGGAGAUUCGAUACUGUUUUUCAAGUUGUAGUUGACUGUGAGGUCGGAAACUUUUAUCAUCGUUUGCUUUUAUUAUCUUUUGCUACAUGGAUCGGUACGUCAAACUAUUUGACCGUGUCAUGUAUCUAUAGAUGAACUUUAGGAAAAUGCCAAUUUCAUUUAAAUUACUGUUGAAUUUAAUGAGUUCACCGUUCAGUUGCCACGGAAACAUUAAUGUAAACAAAAAAUUGGCGUUUUCUAAAGUUUAUCCAUAGAUACAUGACACAGCCAAAAAGUUUGACGUUCCGAUCCAUGAGUAGCAAAAGAUACGAGUGGUGGUUAACUGGGUGGUUGGGGACUUUGGAAACAGUAUCGAAUCUCCUUAAAUUAUUUUUUAAUGGAAUAUGCACUAAUAAUUCGGUGACGCUUUCUGCAUAAUUGAAAGAGUCAAUUUCUAACGCUUCUAAGACUACCGUAUCGAUACAAAGAACACGUUUGAUUAUUAUUUUUAUAAUCUAUAAAACUCUGUACAGAAAAUGUUGAUCGCUUAUGAUAUACGCACAAAAUAAUGACUAAAACGAAUGUCUCCACGUUUUUACGAACUGUAAAGAAAAAAUACAUAUAAUUUUAUAGAAAAAAUAUAAUAUCACCAGCAUAAAUAUGUUUUUUAUUUACUUUGCCAUCACCUGUGAACAAUUAUAAAUUUAAAUACAAUUUCCGCCCACACAA